AUGGGUCCCCCAAGCAACCUCCUAUCUCUUUUAGUUGCUCUGGCCGCAGUUUUUGCAUCUUUGUAUCUCAUAAAUCCAAUUCCACAGUUUCUCAACAACUUCACCUAUUUCACCCUCACAGCCUUGUCACCUGCAUCUGCAUACUUGGCGAAACCUUUAACAUGGAACUUCCACAGACAUCACAAGAAGUACCCUGAUAAUGGGAAUACCGAUUCUAUUUGUGAUGAUUUUCCACCAGGAACUCCACCUCCAGAUACCAAUACCACUUCGUAUCUUUGUGUUGAUCGAAAAGGGUGUUGUAAUUUCACAACAGUACAAGCAGCCGUGAAUGCAGUUCCAAAUUUGAGUGUCCAAAGAACCAUAAUAUGGAUAAACAGUGGCAUGUACUAUGAGAAGGUUAUUGUGCCCAAAACCAAACCCAACAUUACAUUUCAAGGACAAGGCUAUACUUCAACUGCAAUUGCAUGGAAUGACACCGCAUUAUCCGCGAAUGGAACAUUUUAUAGUGCUUCUGUACAAGUUUUUGCCUCCAAUUUCAUUGCUAAGAACAUAAGCUUCAUGAAUCUAGCACCAAUGCCAAGUCCUGGGGCAGUAGGGGCACAAGCAGUAGCUAUUAGAGUAUCGGGAGAUCAAUCUGAAUUUAGGGGUUGUGGAUUCUUUGGAGCACAAGACACCCUUCACGACGAUAAGGGUCGCCAUUACUUCAAAGAUUGCUAUAUUCAAGGCUCCAUUGACUUCAUAUUCGGCAAUGCAAGGUCACUCUACGAGAAUUGUCAAAUAGUUUCUAUAGCGAACCCCGUACCAGUGGGACAAAAGAGCAUAAAUGGCGCUGUUACAGCUCAUGGUCGAGUUUCAGGUGAUGAAAAUACAGGGUUUGCAUUUGUGAACAGUACAAUUGGUGGAAAUGGUAGAAUAUGGUUGGGUCGAGCAUGGAGACCUUAUUCUCGUGUUGUCUUUGCCUUCACAUUAAUGUCAGAUAUUAUUGCCCCUGAAGGUUGGAAUGAUUUCAACGACCCUUCAAGAGACCAGACUAUCUUCUAUGGAGAAUAUAAUUGCUCAGGGCCAGGGGCUAAUACCAACUUGAGGGCACCUUAUGUACAGAAAUUAAAUGAUACACAAGUUUUGGCUUUCAUCAACACUACCUUUAUUGAUGGUGACCAAUGGUUGGAAACUUCCAAAUAA